CGGAGGCUCAUUGAUUCCCUAGGUUCCUCCAUCACCAACAACAAACCCUCCCUCCAUGGACACACAACUCAGCUCAAAUAUUCAACUUCAACUUCCCCCUGGUUUCAGAUUCCACCCAUCAGAUGAAGAGCUCAUUAUCCACUAUUUGAGGAACAAAGCAACUUCAAGUCCAAUUCCAGCAUCGAUUAUUGCUGAAGUAGAUCUUUAUAAGUACAACCCAUGGGAGCUACCAACCAAAGCUUUGUUUGGACAGGAUGAAUGGUAUUUCUUUACACCAAGAGAUAGGAAGUAUCCAAAUGGAGUGAGGCCUAAUAGAGCAGCAGCUUCAGGUUACUGGAAGGCUACUGGGACCGAUAAACCAAUUCUCACUUCCUGCGGAACAAGGAGCAUUGGGGUCAAGAAAGCUCUGGUGUUCUACAGAGGGCGCCCUCCAAAGGGAGUUAAGACGGACUGGAUCAUGCAUGAGUAUAGACUACUCGAUUCAAUGUUUCGGACUUUGAAACAUAAAGGGUCCAUGAGAUUGGAUGAUUGGGUACUGUGUCGGGUUCGGCAGAAGAGCAGCAUCCCAAGGAACAUCUGGGAAGAUCGAAAUGGUCCUAGCAGUGAACCGGCUAGCUACUCCCCAGCAGUGGACAAAGCAUGCAAUAUGACUACAAAUUCUAAUGUCGAAAUGGUAAAAAGUUAUCUCUACAAUGAUUGCCCACUGCUACCUUACAUCUUUGCCUCUCAAGAUUUUUCAGCCAUAAGCUUUGAAGGUAGAAAUAAGGGAAAAUUUUACUCUUCAGUCUGCAGCGAGAACAAUUCAGAUCAAAAGAAUUUGCUAGUUUCAGUUUCGUCUUCCAACAGCUUGUUCAACCCUCAAAAGAGAAAGCCUAUUGAAGGAAAUCAGUAUGAGGGUUUCCUUCCACCUAGCAAGAAGCUAAACAAUGGGGAUGAUAAGGACAAAUUCCUACUAUCUGUUGAUAGUACAGAAAUGAAUUGCUGUAGAACAGAAGAGUCUGAAGACAACAAUUUCACUGCUGAUCAAUGGGAUUCCAUCACCCAAUAUCAAGAGCUUAAUCACUUGGCCUUCACAGAGAGUUAAUAAUGGAGGACAGAUGCGCAUAGCAUCAGGGAUUUCAAAGACAAAAUAGUGGAGGGAUGUUUAUACAUUACAGCCCAAGCAUAUGUUGAUAUUAUUUCAUUAUUAUUAUACUAUGUAAAUAAUAGAGUACUUGUGAGACUAGGGCAACUACAUCAUAUAUUUGUGAAUAUUGAUAUGCAUAAAUAUCAUUGUACUUUCAAGGUUUGUGAAUCUUUAGAGAACAUAUUUGCUGCA